AAAGAGAGCGUCGACCUCCCCCACCUCGUGGCUACAUGUUUUCUCUGCUAAGUCGUGUCGUCAUCGGGCAAGUAACUUUGCAAGUCAGAGCAUAACAGACGAGAUUCUCUUGUAGAAAACAACAACAAUAACCGUGGAGUGCUUCUCAAAAUGAACAUUGAAUUGCCAAAAAACGAUAACAACGACAAUCGUUGUACUGCGUCAUCCCAUUCUACGGAUCUUCUCUUAAAUUCGAAUUCCACAGAGGCGUUUAGCGAGAAACCAGUAGAUGAUUCGAACAUGUUGAAUAAUGUUGCUGACAAUGGUGUUACCGACAAACAGAAAGAGGAUUCACGAGAAAAAAUCGACUUCAAAGUAAUAUGCAAUAAAAAUAAGAUUGAUGUCACUUUCCCACUGGAUGGGACUAUCGCUGAGUUGAAGGACCAUCUGCAGAGCAUUGUAUCAAUACCAACCAGUAUGCAAAAGAUUUUGAUUAAGGGAAUUGCCAAAGAUAAUCAAACUCUGAGAAGUAUAGGUGUCUCAAAAGGUGCCAAAGUUAUGGUUGUAGGAUCAAAAAUAGAUGAUGUGUUAGCAGUUUCAGUACCUACAAAGUCAGAUGCAACAUUCGAUGAUGUAGGUGCAACGGCUACUUCUAAAGAGCCAUUGUCACAACAGAAAUUACACCGAAAAAUUCUUGAUAAGGGAAUCCCAGAUGAUGUGAUGCCAGGGAUAUUAGAUUCACAGGAACCACUUCCUGACUUCCCUUUGUCUGGUAUGUUGAAUAAAAGUGGAGGUAAAGUUAGACUGACAUUCAAGUUGGAACAAGAUCAAUUGUGGAUAGGCACAAAAGAGAGAACAGACAAAAUACCAAUGACGUCUAUUAAAGAUGUUCAAAGUGAACCUAUCCAUGACCACCCUGAAUAUCAUAUAAUGGCCAUACAACUGGGUACAACAGAUGCAUCCAAAUAUUGGAUCUACUGGGUUCCUUCACAAUACGUUGCUGCAAUCAAAGAAGCUGUACUUGGCAAGUGGUGUUUCUUCUGAUCACGUGUUAGUGAAUGUUAAUAACAAUUAUUGUUCAUUCUUUCUUGGUUUCAGCGUAAUCUCGUGUAAACAUCGAGACAAACGACUAGUCAAGCAUUUUUUAAAUGUCGAGUUAAUACUUUAACGAUCACGCGCAUUAAUCGUACGUAAAAAUACGAUAUCAAACCUUUUUCACGUAGCAAAAGUAUUUUUUUUUUUUUUUUCAAUUUUCCUAACUCUCAAUGUGUCUUCAAUUUUAUACGAACUAUAAAUGUUUUCAAGCAGUGUCACGCAUUACCAUAUCUAUAUAAAAUACGAUAAUUUAACAUCUUACAUCGAAAAUAUUUCAUGAAAAUCGCAACUUGUUGAAAAUAAACGAUACGUAAUCAUGAAUAUUUGAUUAUUAAAAGAAUAUAGAAUAUUAUAUAAGAUCUCGAAAAAUAUGUAUAUGUUGCAAGACUAUGUAUUGCAUUUGUCUAUUGAGUCUUGUAUACUACAGGGAGAAUCAGUUUAGUCAAUAGCACCAGAUGGUAUAAACUGUAACAUUGAGCUCAUAGUAGAAUACAAUGCUUUGUGAUAUAUAUAAAAUGACAAGAAAACACAUCUCGCCGUGUUAUGCUCUUGUCGAGCGCAUUGUACGAUCCAUUUUUUGCGAAUUUAUGUCAGUGGCAAUCGAUGUCAUAUGCUACGAUCGUUGGUUGAAUAAUAAAAAAGAACGAUAAUAUACUAAGAAAGUCAAUGUGCAGUUUACAAAGCAAUUGCAGCACAAACUUAAUGCAACUUCUAAAAAAAUUUAAUCAUUCUUUUUUGUAAGUUCUAUUGUUACAAUUUGUAAUGACGUUUUGUACAAUCUACUGAGAAGUAGGAGGAAUUUAAAAACCAUUCUCACAAUUAGAAUUUUAAUCGUUUGCUAAAUCUAUUUUAAUGUCGCCGUAAUGUUUUUAUAAAUUAUAAAAAAAUAUUAUGAUCCAGGCUGAUUUUACGCUGAAUUAUUCAUCUAAAAAAAAAUCUUAAAAUCUUUGCAUGUUAAUUUGAACGAUCGAGAAAAAGGAGAGUUAAAAUGUGAAGUAUUGUUAACAAUAGACUUGAAUUUCGUUUAUUCAUCGUCCGAUAAAAUAUGUUAACUAAUAGAGGAUUAUUUAAAAUAUUUUAAUGGAACAAUUGUUUGCACUAUAAAUAACGCACAAGAAACUUUUUUUUCGAAGUUUUAUGAUUAUAAGAAUGAAAUGUUAUAAAUAAAUAUUGAUUAUAAACAUUUGUCUGAGGAAACUUUCUUGAACAACGAUCAUUUUAAAAACCCAGCAGAAAUUUGAGUAAAGCGAAGGCCCUUUUGGGGAAAGAGGCGGUAUAUAGCCCGCAGCGAAACAUCCCCCUGCGCCGCAUGAUAUUCCAAUCUCAUGAAACUCGCAUCUCGCGCUCGCUCCACCCUCGCGCGCACGCAUCACAGAAAAAGACAGGAAAUGGCUCGUUGGAGAAAAGAGCGAGUAGUAAGGCGUGUGCUAACGUAGCAGCAGCCUGCCAUUGAAUCGAGAAGAGGAGCGGCGCGCAGAUGUAACUUGGACGCCUCGUCACGCUCUCGCUUGGACGCUCGCUGCGCUUCUGUUUUCACGCCACUGAGAUUCGAUUGACAAUCACGGUGGGCAUUCGAACCAAGUGCUCGGCUGCUAGCUGAUCGAGACCGACGCCGAGGGCAGCCAAGCACGAGGACGCAGCCGCAGCGAGGGCCGAGAAAUGCGGGCCGGUCGCGGCGACUGAGUGCUGCAGGCGUCGCGCGCGACCCCAUGAAUCGCCGUCGGCGGGCAGCGUCAAUCGGCCGCCGACAGCGCCUGCCGGAGAUGUCAAGGAAGAG